CAUAGGUUUUCACGCCAACCAAGGCAUUGGUUGUGGCAACCAAGGCUGUGGGUUAAACGUGGGUUGAAGCUAUCGCCAGAUGGCCAGACCACCAAAACACGGCAGAAAUGGUGACGUUGUAGGGAUAAAUAGCGCGCCUGUGGCAUUAUUGCGAGAAAACAAAUGUGUGUUUUAACCAGAAACGCUAGGGCAUAGAAGCACGUUCGUGUUGAUCCACGCAAACAUUUGUGCACCCAAACCAUAUAAAACUCUACGCGCGAAAAAAAACCUACUGCCGUAGAGACAUGCUAGACCGGCGAUUCGUGGUCUUGUACGGGAGCCAGACGGGCACCGCUCAAGACGUCGCUGAAAGAAUCGGUAGACAAGCGAGACGGUACAUGUUCGACGUAACUGUCCUGCCCAUGGACGAUUAUCCUCUAAUAGAGCUAAUCAAGGAAAAAAUAGUUUUAUUCGUCUGCGCUACCACAGGACAAGGCGAGGAACCCGAUAAUAUGAAGCAUUUUUGGUCGUUCCUACUGCGAAAAAGCCUGCCUCCGAAUUCACUGAACACAAUUUGUCAUUCUGUGGUUGGCCUGGGAGAUUCCUCUUACUUGAAGUUCAAUUUCGCUGCAAAACGCCUGCAUAGACGCCUGGUUCAGCUAGGCGCUCAGUGCCUGCUCAACCCCUUGUAUGCUGAUGAGCAGCAUGAAUUGGGAACAGAUGGAAUGCUCGAUCCCUGGCUGGAGGAAUUCUGGAAAAUUGUAAUAAGCUUGCAUCCCCUUCCUCCCGGGUGCUUGCCUGUCAGUGAAGAGAUCUUACCAGCACCAAAGUACAGAAUUGCAUGUGGCACGACUUCUGUAGAACACAGAAGCAUCAGCUGCCAGCCUGGCAUUGUCCGUGAAAAGCUAUUUGAUGCCACUGUGGUCUCCAAUCAGCGAGUCACCAGUGCCGAGCACUUUCAGGACGUGCGACUAAUUAAACUUGACAUUCAAGCUUCUCGGAUUACAUUCGAGCCUGGUGAUGUGGUGGUAGUCUACCCCGAGAACUGUGAAGAGGACACCAAUGAGUUUUUCAGACUAUUCAGUAGCUGCAAAGCUGACAUGUAUUUGACACUUGCACCUACUGAAAAGGGCACAUUAUUGCCACAUUUUUUCUCAAGGCAAGUCUCAUUUGGAGAAUGCGUUCGGAAGUACUUUGACCUUACAAGCAUCCCAAAAAGGUCUUUCUUUGAGCUCUUUUGGCACUUUGGCGAUGACACCCUCGAGAAGGAUCGCCUUCGGGAGUUCAGCACCGCCACUGGCCAAGAGGAGCUUGUGGACUAUGCCAUUCGGCCACGGCGAACUGUGCUGGAGGUGUUUGCCGACUUCCCUCACACCACAGCAAAUGUACCAUUGGCAUACCUGUUUGAUUUGAUUCCACCCAUCCGCCCACGCUCAUUUUCCAUUGCCAACUCAUUGCUUUGCCACCCAGGGCAGAUCCACAUUCUAGCAGCGAUCGUCAACUUCCGCACCAAGCUGAAGAAGCCACGUAGGGGUCUUUGCACCACCUUCCUGGCCAGCCUUGAUCCCUGCAUUCGACCAACUCUAAAAAUUGCAACGAAGAAGGGCAGCCUUCGGAUGCCUCCUGAUGGGGCACCUGCCAUCAUGGUGGGACCAGGCACAGGUUGCGCGCCAUUUCAUGGAAUGAUCCAGGACCGUACCCAUCGAGGCAUUGGUCAAAACCUUCUCUUUUUUGGCUCUCGUAAUGCAAGAGGGGACUUCUUUUUUGAGAGUGAAUGGACCCAACUCGUGGAGGAAGGGCUGCUUGACUUGGUGACGGCUUUUUCUCGUGACCAGGAACACAAAAUUUACGUCCAGCAUCGUAUUGCCGAGCUUAAGGACAAGGUUAGAAAGCUGCUGCACAGUGGUGGAGUUGUGUACAUCGCCGGCAAUGCAAAGAACAUGGUGCACAGUGUGCGUGAUGCUUUCAAGGCUGUGGUCAAGUCUGACUCUUCCAGUGACAGAAAUGCUGAGGAACUACUGAAAGACCUUGAAAAAUCAAGCCGACUCCAGAUAGAAGCCUGGUCUUAGCAUACUUUCAAUUCACAGUGGCAUGAUUGUUGUAACAGGAGUGCUGAGUCAAACAUCUGGAAAUGUGUUUUCUUCGUGUCAAA